GUGACGGUUCCGGGAACUGAGGUUAUGUAAAUAAAUGUUUGGUAAUCCAGUACAUCAACUGUAAUUCAGUUCUUAAUUUGGGUUCAGUUUUACUAAUAUAUAAUGUCAACUGUGUCGUGUUACCUUUUUAAAAAACGAGUAAAAUCUUUUGAUAAUCUGUUUAUGUAAAAAUAUGCAGAUAUAACAGUAAAAUUUUUAAUCGAACAAUUCAAUGUGACGAUUUCAAAAAAUGGAUGAUCAAGAAAAUAGUCCAGUAGAUAAUGACGACCUAAGUGAAUUUGAUAUUUAUUCAAAAACUCCUCCAAGAACAAAAAUUCUCAGGAAGAAUCGUGAAAGAAACUUAAGAGAUCGACAUUCGAGUGAUUUGACAACAGUUGUGAAAGCCAAAGCAUGUAUUUCCCGGAGGAAUACAACAGGAACUUUCGAUGAAAUAUUCACUAGACAGGAACAUUCCGACGAUGAAGCACCAAAACGAACGAAUAAACGUCACAUGAAGCUUCUUAGGGGUUCCGAAAGGGACCUAAAACUUGACAUAGCGCGAGCUCAAGCAGCCAAUGUAGAUUUUCAGUCUCAAGGAGAUUGUUGUUUGGAUUAUCCUAAGACACCCAGUUAUCAAAUAGAGGGAAAUCGGAGGUUUAUGAGCUUGGUAGCAAGAACAUUUCCAUGCAGUAAAAAGCAAAUACUAAAGAAAACAGUUGAAUUUCAAUUGACUGAUUUUGAUUUAGAAGAAUUCAGUCAAGAUCUUUGGAAUGCAGAGGGUUUUGAUAAGAAAGUUGAAUUUUUUCUCAUAAUGAGAUCUCUACUAAUGCUGGGAGAAAAAAAUGACGUUUCGGACAAUGCCAAAAGAGCGAUGAGUAAGGAAGAAACAAUAUGGCAAAAUGAACUGAAAGAUUUGAUUUGGUUAGAAUUGCAAGCGUACCAUGCAGAUAAGACACCCUUGGAAGAAGAUGCUUAUUUAUGUCAAGCUAGAGAAACUGUAGAACCACUUUUGAAUGAUAUUCGAAACUAUAAAUUUCGAAGACAACCUAAAAAAUAUACAAGCCAAAGUAGUGACAGUGGUGUGGAAGAAGAAUGUAUAGGUUGUGGAUCUCUUUGGUGUGGAUCAUGUAUGGAAGCCCAAAAUGAUGCUCUAAAAGAUAUUGAAAAAUUAUUAAAGAGAUUAGAAGACGCCGAAAGAUUAUUUCCUUCAUCAAAUUCUUUUGCAGAAUUGUAUCCUUUAUACAGAUCUCCAGAAAUUGUUGGAAAAGUCAAUGUAAUGUGUCAGUGGUACAAUAUCACGAAACAGCAGAGACUGAAAUUAAAUAUUUUAGGAAGGUUGAUGGUUCUUCUAGAAUCCAAACAGUCAGAUUGGCCUUGCUUUGAUGUAGAAGAUGAUUCAGAAAAUCCAUCCGAUAGUAAUAACAGCACUUCUUCUACGGGAAGUGGCAAUAGCGAAUUUUUUUCUUCCUGGGAUCACUACAACAUUACCCCUUUCGCAUAUGUUCUUACUCACAAAGAUGCCAAGUUUUCUCCCUUCAGAAGAUACAUAGAAAAUAUUUUAAAAACAAAAGCUUUGGACAAGGGAUUGAACUUUUUAGAAAAAUUGCACAAUCGUAUUUUACAGAAAACUAAGAAGACACUGGAAUUGCCAAAAGACCAGAGCCUUUUUGAAAGAGUUACCAAUUUGAGUGAAGACGAAUUGUGUAGGUACGGCUGCUGGAGUCCCGAAUACAAAGAAUUGGGUUUACCUUCUUAUCGUGGAAUGUACAUUUUUCUCGCGACGAUACCCUUGGAAGUGUUUAAUGAAUAUCUUUUAUUGAGAUUAGAGCAGAAACCAACAAAUCCUUCAGCUUUAAGUAUACGACAAUUGAUGAGAGAAUUAAAACUCGGACUAAAAAAGGCAUUACGGGAGAGAGAAUUGGCCUGUUCGUAUAUAGAUGCCGCCACAUCGGGUACUUUCCUAACAACUCACGAUUUUGAGAAAAAACUUUCAAAAUUUGAUGAUUGUGUUAAAAAAGUUUUCGAUGAUUAUCUCGAUUACCUCCGUCGUUGGAUGUUAUCUCAAGAAAAUUUUCCAAAAUCACUACUUGAACAUACUCAUGCUUUUGCAAUGGAAAUUUGUGACAUUUAUCCCGAGUUAAUUCAAAAAGUUGGAAAAGUUUACGCUUGUACUAUAGGAACAAUUUUAGGAAAUACUGCCGAGAGAUUAAUAAAAAGGAUACAAGCCUCAGUAGCUACUAAUUUAUUAAACGAUGUUCUAGGAGAUGUUAAGCAAAAAUUGUUUUCAGUCUGUAGGCAAUUACAAACAAUAUUUAUAGAAGAAAAAGAAACCAGCGUUAAAAGCAUAUCUUUUGUUAGAACACAUUUAAAAAAGGCGUACGUCCCCAAGGAAUGUAUAGAUUAUAUAAAAGAUGGAAUAACGAAAUUCCAAUCGAUCAUUCCUAAUUGUAUAAAAAAACUGCAAACUUUAUUUGAUAUUGUUCAUGAAUCAAAUUUAGAAGACGGAGAUAAAAUUGCGUUAAAUAAUAGAAUAAGAGAAAUAAUGAUGAGGAUAUUCCAAUUUGGUUUCGAGUUCUUCAGAGAAGUGAACAGCUUAUCUAAGGGACAACAUCGUCCACGUUUUGUCGCAGAUAUGGGCGAGUUCGCUUACCUCUGGAUGUCUUUUGUUAUUGAUAGAUGUGAUAGAGGUCGAGGUAUUAGACCUCGAUGGGCACACCAAGGAAUGGAAUAUCUUUUAUCUGUUGUUCAACCUGUUAAUACUGCUAUGUUAUCGAACCAGGAAUUUGAAGACUUGAAAACAAUGAUAGAUAAGUGCAUAUCGCAUCUUGUUGGUACAACAGCUCCCUUGACACCUGACAGUGGAAUACAUUCGAUAUCUCCGAGGAGUAGUUUAGAACAAAUGAGAGGUAGAUCUAGAGGUUCAUCUCCUAGUCCUAGACCUACUUAUAAAAGUCAACGAUCUGGUCAAGGAUCUGGGUCUGGAUCAGGACCUGCAUCUAGAAAAGUUAGUGUUGAACAAUCGCCGAUAGCUGAUGUCACUGAAAGUAUUUGUAAUCUAAGCUUAACGCAGGACAAACCUGGAUGUAGUAUUAAGGUGGAUAUUGACGUGAAAGGCCACUCAGAAAAAUUCCAUGCAGCUGUUUUAAAACUUGAAACGCAGCUUGAUAAAAAGUUAACUGAACAGAAUCUCAUUGGCAAAAUCGUCGAAGAAAAAACAACAAAUAAAAAUUCUGUUAUGAGGAGAUUAGUUAAUUUCUCUUGGCAGAGAGGUAUAAAGAUCGGUCAGGGUCGGUUUGGUAAAGUCUAUACAGCAGUUAACAAUAACACUGGUGAAAUGAUGGCAGUUAAAGAAAUCGCUUUACAAUAUAACGAUAUUGGUACACUGAAAAAAAUUGCCGAAGAAAUGAAGAUUUUAGAGGGAAUUUCACAUAAAAAUUUGAUCAAAUCCUAUGGUGUUGAAGUUCAUAAGGAUGAAAUGCUAAUAUUUAUGGAGUAUUGUUCGGAAGGUACGUUAGAAAGUCUGGUAGCUGACACGGAAAAGGGUCUGUCAGAAUUGUUAGCAAGGAGAUACACGUUCCAGUUGGUGUCGGGUGUGGCUUGCCUACACGACCAUGGGAUAGUUCAUAGGGAUAUCAAAACUGCCAACAUUUUUUUAACAGAUGGAGGAAAUCGAUUGAAAAUUGGAGAUUUUGGUUGUGCCAUUAAAAUUAAAUCGAAUGUUACAACACCAGGAGAAUUGAAAGGUUUUGUUGGAACUCAAGCAUAUAUGGCACCAGAAGUAUUUACAAAAAAUAUGUCUGAAGGAUAUGGACGAGCUGCUGAUGUUUGGUCAAUAGGAUGUGUGGUUAUAGAAAUGGUAUCUGGUUUGCGCCCAUGGGCUCAGUUCGACUCCAACGUCCAAAUAAUGUUCAAAGUAGGAAUGGGUCAAAGUCCUGAUCCACCUGACGAUAUGAUAGACGAAGGUCUGGAGUUCCUUGAAAUGUGCUUCAAACACGAUCCCAAAGAACGAGCUACUACUAGAGAAUUAUUACGUCACGAUUAUAUUUCGGUUUUACCGGAUGAUUAAAUGUUAUCUGAAUAAUAUCGAAAUUCUAUGAAUUUUGAUUUCAGAUUUAAUAGAAAUCAACUCAUUGGAUGAGUUGAUUUUUAUCUAUUGGCAAUGUUAUAUAAAAUCAGGCAGCUGCGGUGUCACUUAUGCAGCAACAAAAAUUAACAUUAUUUGGAAAUUCUAGUCAAUGUGUUUUUUAUUAAUUUAUUGACUAUUAUGAAGAAUACAAACUAGACCUUUUAUUUUUUCUAUUCAUUAUUAAUUUUUAAUAUUUCCUAAUUAUAAACUUUUCAUUAUGUAGAAUUAUUAGAAAAUUGAUAAGAAAAUAAAAUUUCAGACAUUCCUCGUAGCCUUAGAAACAUAUUUAUAUACAGGUAAAUGAAAAACACAUAUUGUAAACCUGCUAAUUCAUUUCAAGGUGUUUUCACAGGAAAGAGAAAAACUAAAAUUUUUCUUCGUUACUUAUAAUAAAGAAUGAAAAAGUAGCGAAAUUAUAAAUACAAACCUACAAAUUAAAGCUAUCAUUUUAUACUAGGAUGCUAACAUACCACUUUGAGUCGAAUUUGUGUUGGGAUGCUAGCAUCUCGGACUGCUACUUUAAUUUUUUGCCAGUCGUCAAUAUGGCCCCAACGAAUGAAGAUAUGUUGUUGCUGAUGUUACUAAUUAAGAAAAAAGGCGUCGUGCAAAAAGGAAGAUUAGUAUGGACCCCUUUUUAGCUGUCCGUCGUGUUAAAAGCCUGUAUUUUACAUUGUUUGAUGAACUGUGCAAUAGUGAAACAAGAUUUUUUAAUUACCUUAGAAUGCCACUUCCUUCUUUUAAAGAGCUUCUAGGCUACAUCCAAAGCGACAUCUCUAAACAAGAUACAAAAUUCCUCAGACCAAUUUCACCCGAAGAGAAACUAGUCAUAACUCUGAUCAAACUGCGCGCGCGCGCAUAUGUCAAAUAGAGCGGCUUCUGGGAUGCUAGCAGUCUAGUAUAAUGCGCCGCAUUUGAACCAAUACCCCACAACCGAUUUUGUGCCGGGAUGCAUAAAAUCGAGCCUCCGGGUGGCUGUUUUAGCAUCCGAUGCUGGCAUCCCUAGUCUAAUAGCUCCCAUUUGAUUUAAUGCCCCGAUAACCUUCGAGAUGCCAGCAUCCCGGAUGCUAGCAUCCUAGUAUAAUGGUAGCCUAAGGAAUACAAAUAAUACUACUGUUUUAUGAGCGAUUUUGUAACUUAGUUUUUUUUGACGUAUAUUGUGCCUACCAAUGGUCUCGGACUAAAAGGAGAGUAAAGAUUCAAAUAAACGAACAUAAAAGAGAAGGAUAAAUGAUCAAUAAAAUUAAAACCGCAAUUUAAUGUGAAAUUAAAACGAAUUUUUUUACAUCUCACCAUCCUAUUAAAACAAAUAAUUUUAACCGAAAAAAUAGUUAAUGAACACCAAACUAUUAACCACAUUUUAAUUUAAAAUGACAUGCGAAUAUUUGUCGUUGUCCUAUUAAAGUAAUUACUCUAGGUUAAUAUAUAAUUAGUUACCCAAACAUAGUAAACAAACUCCUAAAAUUUGACCCUUUAUUAUUAUAAGAUUUUUUACUAAGGCCGACUUUUUAUGUCUCUAAAUUAUGAUUUUCUUGAGCAUUUAUCAACCAAUGGUUAAAAAAUAAAACUCUUACAAUUUAAAUAAUCCUUUAUUAAAAUCAAACGUAAAAGUCAGUCCUUUUAAAACCGAUAAUAAACAUUUUAAAAAUCUUGAGAAGAAUCAGUUUACUGUAAUAAUUUGUUGCACAAUUAAUGCUUUCUUAGCUUUUGCUGGUCGUCCUCUUUUGCGUUGCAUGCCAAUCGGAAUAGCUCUUGUCUCUGAAAGUGGUUGGAUACGCUUAAGUCGAACUGAAAAUCUAACGAGAUGCUUGCCAAUAUAAUCUGGAGAAAUUUGACCAAUUGCAUGUGUUGUGAAACCAAUUUUUUCUUUUUCUCGGGACAUUAUUACGUUCCACUCGCUAAAAUGCUGUUUGUAUUCGUCUCCCACGACCUUUCAUAAUUUGUACAAUCCAAAUCCGAUAGCUGGUUUUUUGUAUGAGUAAAUCAGUUCAGUGUUAAUUUUUAUUGGCACCUGCUUCGAUAGUUUUGCCCAUUGGCUGUUCUGUUCACGUCUUUAUAGACACUGUUGGCAGUUGAGCAAACCGUCUUUCAAUAUUAAUUUUGUAUUCAUUAGACCAAUCCUUGACUAUUGGACAAGCAUCUUUUAUUGUUUUAUUAAAAGCUUCUAGAGCAUUCUUUGUAGAAGGAGUCCCCGGUGAUGCGCCCAAAUACCAGAAACGAUUUAGUAUUUAUAUUUUGCUUAACGUUUGUUUGCAUCUUCUUUUCGCAGCAUAUUAUUAUGACUGUUUCGGUUCCAAACGUGCAAGUAAAGGCAGUUUGUAUUGCUUGGCUGCAUCACAGACCAAAACUUUACCAAGUUAGAGUGUAUGAGUAGACGGAGAAACUGUAACUUACUCGGUUGAACUAAUCUGAAACUAGGUUUCAGUCACAGUUCAAAUAGUUUCUCUAUUUCCUUUUUUGUUAUCUUAUUUAUUCCUCCAGAUGACUGACAGUCACAAUUUUCUUGAUCGUGACAUGUUUCAUUACGGAAUAAUAUAUCAUCACAUGAGGCGUCAAAUAAAAGAUAAAUCGCAGUAGAACACUGAAUAUCUGCCCGAAGCUUCACUUUGUUGGAACAUUUGGUAGGGGAUUAUAUAUAACAAAAUACUCAUUUAUAUGUAAUUUAUAUUUAUGAGUAAAAUUAUGUGUAAAUGUUCUUUUUUUCGUGUUUUGUCCCUCAAGUUCCUUUUUUUGAAAAAGUUGUGUGCUAAAAACCCUGUAAUUGUAUUUUGUUUGAUUUUUUCCCAUGAUUCAGCUACUUAAAGAUUCUUAUUGAAUAAUUUUUUGAAAUAUUUAUUUUUAUUUAACGAUUUCACCCUUUUAUCAUCUCUAAAAAGAUAUAGAUAUUUAAAAAUGAGAAAAGAAUAAACCAUAUGUCAUUGUUGGGAAUUAAUGAAAUAAGAAAAAUCUUGUGUGGACUCGAAGAAUAAAAAUGACUUGAACGUCUCAGUUUAGAAGUUCAUUUAUAGUAAUACAUAUAUAUACAUUUUCUUAGCAGAAUUUUCCCUUCUUUUUAUUGACGUACUAUUUCCCUGUUAAAUUACGUUUUUUGAUGAAAAUUACCAUUUUUUCCUGAUUUGGACACGUUAAUGAGUUUGCUCCCUGAUUUUUAUUCUAUUGAAUAGAUCACCUCAAAAUAUAUAGAAACACACUCUCUUAACUGCCGGUUGGAAUAAUGAGAGAUUUUAUUAAAACAACAGCUAAAUUGACUGGACUAGAUAUUGUUUUGGUCUUUAAAUUUGAUCCUUACUUACUUUUAUGUAAUUUUUAUUGUUGUAACAGAUUUACUCCUCUUUUUACUCAAGGUUGAAGAAUUGUAUUGAUGUUAUGGGAAAUAAUAUACCAUUGUGAUAAAAAUUUUUGAAACAAAAAAUUGUAUUUGGUUUUUAUUGUUGCAUAUAGUAUAUUUUACUGUAGUGUUAAAACUAUAAACAGAAUAAAAUAUAUUUAAGUAGA